AUAUUGAGCAAAACAUGGCGGAAGUCUGUGGAAAAGACGAGCUCCCAAGAUGUUCUACGCUCUUUUUGACAGAAGAUGGAUCGCCCAUGCUUUUUUACAUGACCCCUUCUUUGAUGAAAACCAGGCUACGACCGCUAAUACACGUAUGUCUGAAUAGGUUUGGCUUAAAGCUUACAUUUUGUACUCGGUCAGUACAAAAUGCAGACUGCUGUAGACCAUAGACCUUGUCACGGUUUUGGACGCCAUCUUGACGAGUGGGCAAAAGUGUGAGAAAUUACAGUGUUUGUAUGAGAAUCUAAUGUCCAAUAAUUUCCGUAAAACGGCUGUUCUGAAAAAAAUAUGACUUGUAAAGUAAAGCUACAAAACAAAGGAUUGUACUAACAAAUGUUAGGCGCGUACCUGUGCUUAAAUUUCUCCAUAGGCUUGCUUUAAAUUUUCCAUAUAUUUGUCUGUAAUUUUUCCCGGGACUUUCUUACAGACAAAUGUAUAGAAAAUUUUAAAAAGUGGUUUUAGGUCUUCUAGCACAUAUAAGGCCCUCAAUUUUUUCGGUAGAAUCCUUAGGAGUGAAACUUUGGUUCACCAUUCAUAUUUUUUUCAGAACAGCCGUUUUACGGAAAUUAUUGACAUGAGAUUCUCAUACAAACGCUGUAAUUUCUUUCCAUUUGCCUACUGGUCAAGAUGGCGUUGAAAACCGUGACAAGGUCUAUUGUUUUCACCAUGCAAAUGAGGACGUGACACUAAUAGUCCAUUGUUUUCUAACCGUGAAAACAAUGGUCUGCAGUCAGUCUGCAGUUGGCAUUAUGUACUGUCCAAUAUUUUUUACUUGAUUAUUUUAAUGCAAGUCACCUUCGUACAGUUUUAUGGGGUGUUCCUCGAUAGAUAUACCGAGUCAAUAUAUGCACUAUUGUGUUGUUCUAUUGUGUGGAGUUUAUUGUGUUAUUGUUUAAGGGCUAGGGAUCAUUGUUGUGUUCGUUGUGACGUAACUCUAGACUUGCUAUUCACUUGGUAUAUGGUGCACCAGCCGUUUUAUGUAUCUGAUACCCUAAUGUUUAUCUCUGUAAAAUUGUCUUUUAAAGAUAGUUCAAUGCUAUUCUCAUGUUUAAAAAAAAACAUUGCAGUUGCUCCUUGUCUCUGUACGUUUGCUUGGAUUGUAUGUGUAAACGAUCCUUGAGGGUCUAUUUAGGCUCUAUUCAUUAUUUAUACUGCAGGAGAGGGUGCAGAGGAUACAUUUUGAAGGGGCGCAAUUAUUUUAACAAAAAGGCAGAUGAUCAAAAGCUAUGCAACUGGUGCUAAAAGAUAUUGAAUGGUCUAAUCAGUUAAGCAUGAAAAGAAAAGGAAAUUGCAAGUCAGUUUGCCUCUGAAGAAAGGUCCAUAUACUUUACAUUCAGUGAAAUACAAAUCUCUCCAAAAGAGGAGAUGGAAGUUACUGUAAAAUUCCGAAAAUAAGCCCCUCCAAAUAUAAGCCCCCCAAACUCGUAACGCGUAAAACCUUCCGUUAAAUCGCCCCUCCAAAUAUAAGGCCCUGGGGGGCUUUUACUUGGAAAUUUCCCUCAAAUACAAAGGUAGAACAAUGCAAAAAUGGUAAAUUUCCUUCCAACUAUAAGGCUAGCCCAAUCGAUUUUGAAACGCAAAUUUCCCUCCAUAGAUAAGCCCCUCCGAAUAUAAGCCCCUCCAAAAAUAAACCCCUCAAAAAGGGCCUUUGAAAAAUAUAAGCCCCAGGGCUUAUUUUCGGAAUUUUACGGUAAUUCACCAUUUUCAACUGUUAAUGGCCAAAUUACCAGCUAGCGUAUUGCAUCACCAAGAGAAAAAAAUGAAUGUAAUGUUUGUUAUGCAUUGGGUCAAAAUUUAUGUUGGUUCAAGUUUAUUUUUCUUUUACCAUCAAAUGGUAAGGACUUCGAAAAUGAGUUUUUACAAAAGAAAAAUAUUAUUUGAGAUCAGUGGCUCUUUGCCUACUCCACGGAAAGCUUCUGGUCCUGUACUGCAAACUAUGUGGUCUAUUAACUCAAACAAGCAUAUUUUCAACCAGCUACCGAUUGUGGCUUAAUAGAAGGAAAGCUUUUUACAAACAUUGUAGCAGUGAUUUUGUUACAAAUAGUUGUGGUGAGUCCUGGGACUCAUCUUGUUAAAAAAUCAUGAGUCCCAGUUCAAAAGACAACGAGUCGAAAAUUAAAAAUGCUUGGGCCUUUAUGUAACCAGACAGAAAAUCUCAAGAUAGGCUCGAUUUCCGCCCCUCUUUUGGUCCUCCCCGCUAAGAGACAGCUGGCUGCAUAAGUGGCCUAUUGUACAUCUGUGAUGUAAAUUCAAAAUUUAAUUUGUUUAUUGUUACCAAAUGGCGGAAAUGAGAAAUGCCUUUUUGAAAAUACUAAACACAUGUUUUGCUUUGCCUCUUGGUUGCUUUGGUAUUCACCAUAAAAAUUAGCAGAAACAUGUACUGAUUUAAGGUGUUUGCAUUGAUUUUGCACAAUCACGAUUGCAUGAUACAUCAAACAACACCUCUGCAUCUGCUGUUUGAAAUCUGCUCCAGGAAAAUAGAUUUAUGCUGCCUGCUUGAUUUGAGCAGGCAAUGAUCUGAUUGGUGGUAAUUGACGAUAGCAAACUCUGUGCAGCUGUCUGUUUAGGGGAGGAGUGUGGGCUUAUUUCCCAAACAGUGGCUGGUAAUUGAGUCUAAUCUGAAGAAAGACUCAAAAACUAGUUCUUCUACAUUAAAGCACAACAAAAGCUGAAUGAAAUAUGCAUAGUUAAACAACAGCCAAAAUAACUGCUACAGAAAUCACACGAACAGAAUAUUUCAAUGUUCAUGAUUGAUCGAUCGAUCUUUGUGUCCUACAGGACGCAUGCCAUGAAUUAUUUUGCGUUUUUGGGGAUUUUUAUGUGUCAGGGACACAGGAUGCAGAGGUAAAAAUCACUGAUUGUCAUAGUCCUUGAUUGAUAUCAUUUAAUGACACUGCAUUCGUAAGAAAUUUCUAUCCUAAGAAAUUCCAUCCUUGAUGUAAAUCAAAAAAGCUUUCUAAUAAUUAGUUAUUUGCUGUCAACUUGAUGGAAAUUUGCAGCUUAACUGCAGAGCCAACAAACCAAUUAUUACUGAUCAUUUUCAUUUCUUCUAAGCUGUGAAAGUUGACUUAAAUCUUGCGAACAUAGAAGCUGAGGACUUAAAUAUAACUUUAAAACUUUGAAAGUGAGAAAGGUGGGUUAAUUUUGAUGACAAUGAUGCUGAUGAUGAUGAUACUGAAAAUGAUGCCAAUAAUGACAACAAAAAUGAGCAUGAAAACAAUCUGUGACGUUAUUAAUAAAAGUGGCAGUAAUGAUUUUGUAAAUAGAGCUUGUUACUACACAAAGCAAAGGACAUUGUAGCAUAGUGCAUUAAUAAUAAAAACUACUUCUGAUUGAACCAGAAAAUAAGAAACUUUACUUGUUUAGUGGUUUAUCAAUAAUGUUACAAAAUAAUACUUAAUCUUUUAAUGGCAUCUAAAACAUUUUGUGUCUCCCUUCCUGCCUUCAGAAAAUUUUACCAUCCCCUUCUUUUUCCUUCGAAAAAUUGUAAGAACACUCCCUAAAAUCCUUUGCCUGCAUCCCAGACGCUCUAAACCUUCUCUUUAGAGUGUCUGUGAAUUAGUGCACACUAUCAUGUUUGAAUCCCGCAGUGCCGCAAGGACAUAUGUCAGUGUUUUUGAUUGGCUAAUUUCUUAUACAGUUUGUGAUCAGUCUGAUUUGAAUUAAGUGUUGACGGGCGAAACACGACUAAUAGCUUGUGAUGAGAGAUUGAGCUCAUGAUAGUGUGAAACGUGACCUUAGCUUGAACAACGAAAGUUAAUUUUCUUGCUCUCUUCUUGCUUAGUUUAUCCAGUGCAUGGAGUAUUCUACACUUUCACUGAGCAAGUUUUGUUUUGCCGCCUUGAGUUUCACAGUUAGAGGUUAUGAAGCUGGUCUGUUCCAUGCAUAUUGAGUAAUUAGUUCCUGGGGUUUCUGAUUUCUGCAGAUGUUUUCUGACAGGAUUUGAUCACAGAUGCAGUUUACUAUUAAAUGAUUUCUUUUACCUGUUUAAGCCUUAAGCUUUUUUUAUUGUGACUAAAUAACCUUAGUUUCUUUGGUUUUCUCUGAAAUGCCUGGACCUGAAUAGCAAGAUGUCUGUAUUUUUGUUUUGGCUGUGAAUAUCAUGAUUUCCUGAUUUGUUUUGACGCUAGAACUGUCAGCUACAUUGCAGAAUACGCGGCAGUGAAUCUGCAGCAAUUGGAAGACGCUGGAAAACCAGUUGACAAAUUUACAAGCAAAUUCUGGCCUUGAAGGAAUUUGAAGCAUUUUUUAUUCAGAAGAAGGCUUUAAAGUUUGAACUUCUCAUUCACUGUUUACUGUAAACGAUCCUUGCCAACUCCCUUCUGUGAAUUUUGACACGUCACUGUGCCCAAUUGUCACGCACACCCAAGAAUUAAGCCAAUCGUAAGGUGCAUAAGAAACCUCAGCAUAAACCCUGUUGGCAGACUCACAUGAAAUUAUAUACCCUAGUUAGUACAGACUGACACACAUGGAUUGCAAAUAACAAAGCCUUAAUGUAUUAUGAGCACAUAAUAGCAUUAGUGAUGGAGAAGUGAGACAAACUUAGUUGCUAAAAGUGAAAAUUAAGUGCCCCCCCUCCCCCCACAAAGAGACCUGAUUUUAGGUUUGAACUAUAAAAUGCUAUGUAAUUUAACUCUAUAUAACUCCUAUGAUAUCUGUAAAAUAGUACUUAGUUAUUAUUGUUAAUAGUCGCGGUUCGAUUUCCGGGGUAUCAACAAUCAAUCUUAUUUGGCGUGUAGUGUUGUCUGAAGGUUUAUUUUGUGUUGAAAAUGAUGUUUAACAAAUGUGGGAAAUUGAGAAUACAUGUCUUUUAAAGGAUGGAUGUUGCUGAAUGUUUGGAUGUACAAUGUAACUAUCAACAAAUUAACCCAUUUGCUCUCUGAAUGUUGCUGAAAAUCUCCUUUUGAAGCUAGUCAAGUUGUGUUCUGGUCACUCUCUGUCUAUAAUGAGCCAAAACUGCGGGGCGAAUGGGUUAAGGUUAUGUUUUUCUAUAUUAUUCUUUCAACUACUGUUUUUUGAGUGAUAAGUUUGCUGGUUUUUAUUUAUGUGUUCUUUAGCAUGGUGGAGGUGAACUGUCCAGUAAAGUCCUGAAAGAUUCCAUCAUGUAAGUAGACAUAAUCAUCUACCUUUCAUUUUUUUAAUUCAAGUGUCAAUAUUUAAACUUAGUAUGUACACUGUAUUUAUUAAGGACACUGUCUUUUUGUGUGAUUUUCCAGACCCAGGGCUGUCACUUAAGGCCGGAAGCUGGGGAUUUCCCCCUGCUCCUAUAAACCUAACUGCUGGUUAUUUUCAUAGGAAAAAAAACGGAGCUAACACUGACAGAACGUAGCUGUUCCAUUCCCUUCCUACUAAUUUGCAUAUACCCAGCAAAAGUCUUUGCAACAGCCCUGCAAACCACAUGUGAUUUGUUUAGGGCAAAGACAGGAACUUCUUCCUCAGGUAAUCUGAGAUCCUAAGUAUUGGUCGUGGGAAUUAGAUACAUAUCUUUUUGCCGACUGUAGACAAGCACCUUACUAUUUGAACUAGACCUGCUGCUGUAGAUUAAUGCAAAUGUUAGUUUUAAAUCAUCUCCAGUGCUAGGGUUAGGGACUCUGAAAGCACAACUGUAUUUUGGUAGCCUGGGUUCCAUGUGGGUUCCAUGAAAGGUACAUUGUUGAUUGAAUUGUAUGAUUCUCUACUUCCUAGUGGAUUUUGGUUUCUUCGAUAGUUGCAUAGCUGUGAAAAUGUUUCACCCUUCUAAACUGGGACUGUUUAAAUUUGGUCUUAUGGGGAACAGAAACAAGUUUUGGUUGAAUAGACCACACAUAGGAAAACAGGUACUGAUUAUAAGGGCCUGUUACAUGUAGUCUGGGGCCUAAUUGUGUCACUUUCAUUGGGAUUUCAUGAUCAUUUUAGUUUCUAAGCUCGAAUCUUUUGUCUGAAGCAUUCUGUCACUAAUUUUUUUUUGAACCGUGGUGACUCAUUUUUUAUGGGAAUGAGGUAAUUAUAACAUCACUGACUAAUGAUUUAAGGGCUUGUUUGGGACCCAAAGCGAAUGAAUCUGCUCAGAAGAUCAUAUUUUUGGUCACAUUUUUAAACCUUGAGCACAGUUUUUACCUCAAUUGAAAAUAUUAUUUUGUUUUCCUUACCAUUGCUUUUGCUUUUGCUUAUUAGUGAUGACGUCAUACACCGACGUAUUAAAAUUUUACGAAGAAUUUGGCAAUAAUGAUUUUUGUACUGUCAAACUAUCCGAAAUACAAAUUGAUGUACAUCAAUCUUUAUUUAAAUUAUGCAAAUUGAUAUUGAUGUCAUAAAUUUGUAUUGACAGCUAGAGAAUGAGACACAUAUUCUUUGAAAGCUCAUCAAGAUAUCAACAGCUAAUGGUAAAGGAUGCAUUUCUAUUUUAAGCAAGUUUUUACCUCUGUCUCAAAGCAAAAAAACUACACUCAAGAAAGGUCCUUGCCAUCACUGUCUUUGCCUUCAAUAGAAACUUCCUUCAUUUAAAAUGCAACCACACAUUUCCUCACAUUUUAGGCUAUGCUUCUUGCAUGAACAGGUCAUGUUUAGUUGAUGCAACUUCCUUUGCAACUGCACUUGAUUAGUUUCAGGCCAACCUUAGGUGCAGGAAGUAGGGUAUUGGAACAGUCUGUAGUCUGUUGCCAUCUUGGAUCCAUCCGUGAGGUGUUGGGAGAGGAAUAUCUGAGCAUGGGGUACCACAUUCCUUCCAUACCAGUGCUUGACACUAACUUUUUUGGACACAAGGCAGUGGGCUAGUAAGUGAAAUAAAUCACUAGCUCAUGAAGACAUUAGAGUCACUGGUCCAAACAAAGCAACAGAGAAAAAUACCAGGGGGUUAGGAACUAGUCCUCUCCUCCUCUCCAGGCUCCUCCUCCAACUCCACUUUAAAUGAAAUAAUACAAUAUAUAUGAUAAAAUGAAAUAAAGGGAAUAAUACUCACGCUAUAUAAACUAAGCACUCAUAAAGCAUUUUAGGUAAAUAACUAGUCUAGGGGCUAGUAGGAGCACAUUCUUACUAGCCUAUGAUGAAGUUCCACUAGUCCUAGGAUAGUGGACUAGCGUUACUGUCGAGCACUGCAUACUAAGGCAAUGUAGUUGGCUUGUUGGUGGCAAUUUCACAUCUGCAUAUUGCUUCUUGUUGAACAAGAACCAUCGCAUUUCCCAUAGUUUAAAGGUGCAUAGAGAUGGCACAUAUAUACAGCUCUAGCUUCAUGACCAUGUCAUCUUCAAAGUGCAUUGAGCUACCAAGGCUGGCAAAUGCUUCUAACACUUGUUUAUGCGUUUUCUUUUAAGUAUUCCAGCACAAGACUUUGGACUUUCCACAUAAUAUGGUAACUGUUUGAUCACUUCCAGGUAAUGCAUGGAAUCCGGGGAAUGCCACAAGUUGAUCUCCUCGUGAGUCAUAUAGAGGACACAGUGGAAUUGAGUGGUGCUUGUCAUAGUGCCAUCCAUAGGCUUGCAAUCUUCCAAGUGCCAGCACCAUUACAUCUGUGUCAGGGCUGUGGAUACUGACGGAUGUUGCUCUUCUCUAGGCUUGUAGAAGCAUACACGUCUGCUUCUUCUUGGAUACUGGUGAGGUGUUCAACUGAUAGCUUGUUGGACUUGCACUCAUGCUUCAGGUUUACCACAUAGGUCCUUAGGGAGUCUUUCUUACACUCAAGGAUACCAUCCGAACUGAAUAGCUCUCUUGGAAAUGUAGCCAACUUGAAUUCGCUUAAGCUUCCUUUGAGUUCAAUCUCAGGCUGCAGAGAACCAGAAUGAGGAAACUGGUGAAAAAAGCCCUGUCAUCUCUUAGAACAACAACAUCUUCUGCUGUGUUGCUGUUUUUAGUUGAACUUGCCAUUUUGCAUGUCUACAGGUGUAGUUUUUUCUUUGGACCCCAAAUGCCAAGUUCACACUCCACGAUUGUUUCUUUCACAUACUUAGAAUUGAGUUCUAGGCCAUUUUGAUCACCUGUGAGAACUAUAUCUUUCACCUGGUCUUGCAUGACAGCUUUUGUGAUAAUAUUGUCAACAGUUCCAUUUCUUUGAAUGGAUUAUUUUCUUUGAACCUCUUUCAGCUUCUUUACAUUUUCAUCAAAACAAGUAGUCACAGCGGUUGAUAGAUCAUGGUGAUGCUUUGAGCUGUGCAUUUGCAUGCCUAUGAAGGUUUCCACUUCAGCAGCCAAGCGACUCAAUUCAGCUGCUAUGAGAAACCAUAUUGCCAAAGCUGCUGGUUUUUGGGUCAAAACCUUGAAACCUCCUUGAAUCGUCGUUGUUUGUUCUUGUGUUCAAUUGCAUGAUCUGGUCCUUUUGCACAAAAUGGGAUUGUUGACAUAUUAGUUCCCCUUCAGGAAUUCUUCAUGCAAAGCAGGAUCACUUGAUUCGAAUUGCUCCAUCUGAGCAAAGUAGAGUGGUGCCAUUCGGACAUAGUUAAGUCGAUCAAGUGAAGAGGAAUACCUGCACAAGGACUGAAGUGAUUCCAAAUGAAGCUUCUAGUUGCACUUUCUAGUGGCACAAAGGAGCAUUCGUAUACAAGCUACAAACUUCAUGUAGUCAUUGGCAAACUUAAUGUUAGGAUAUUGGGGAUCAAUCUUUUGUUAAAGUCAUCUAGCUUCUCCUAGAAUGCCUCUGUUUCUUUCUCUUAUGAUCUUUUUAUGGUGCGUUCCAAGAUCCUAUUGACGUGGCCCCUCCUGGCAGGAAGUAUUCAUCGAGAAAGCAAUGAGAUACAAUGUGACAACUCGCACCCCUUGACCAAUUGAAGGUGAAAGGAUACAAGAAAAAACACGCUGUAGGACUGCUGCCCCCCCAAAAAAACGCUAAAAAAGAUGAAAAAAGACACUAUAAGCAAAUGCUCCACAGACUGCUGCACAAACGCCCAACGAAAAACUCAAAGAUCCCAAUCUCUCCUCUACAUGCGCCGAAGAGCUCUGGGUCAAGAUUGGGAUCUUUGAGUUUUUCGUUGGGCAUUUGUGCAGCAGUCUUUGGAGCGUUUGCUUUUUUCAUCUUUUUUUAAUAGCGUUUGUUUUGCAACUCUUUAACAUAGGGAAUUUCAAGGGCUCUCGUGCAAUCACUGCCUUUGUUGCUAUCUUCCCUUCGUCAUUCCAGUGGCAGGAACACAAAUAUGGCUGCAACAUCUGGUCCUGUCAUCUCAGCUUCAAAUUCAACACAGUAUCCGGCAUCGAGCUCCGGUACUCCCUGCUCUACCUCCCAGUCUUCAGGUACGCUUGUUGUUCCCUCGUUUAUUUCAACUUACAGCUCAUUUGGUGGUCCUGCAGUUGUCUCUUCUCUUCCUGCCACAUCCUCUGCAAACUUGCCUGUAGUGGUUGGGGGCUCUAGCUUGUGGUGGUACGACUUAAAGUUUGGGACAUUGAAUUAUGUCAUAUCUAAUUUGCAUAUUGAUUGGUUAGAAAAUUGGUGACAAAGUUUUUUCAAAUCAGCAUGCUCCAAACUUUCCAUUUCUGGAAUGUAUAGUUUGCUGAGACAAUAAAGAAACUAAAAUGAACAUGAAAUUUCCACAUGAGUAACAUUUUUAAAACAUGAGGCCCCAGACUAGUACUUCAGGUUAAAUCAGGAUAAGUUUAUUAACUGGGCGGCCUGUGGCAUGCCCAGUUUCAAGAAAUGAGUUUCAUUUUUUUCUCGGGGGUAUUUCUGGGAAGUUGUAGUGGAGGUGCAUCGUCCACCUCAUCUAAUCUUUACACUAUUUCAGAGCAAUAUCUAGAAGGUUAAUGUAAGAGAGUUCCUCCCCCGGGAUUUAACAGGCAAAGGAAUGUCCUGGGGAAUGUGCUCAUUGUAGAUCACCAUGUCAAAAAAAUAUUAUUUAUUCACUAGGAUAGUUAGAAAGGCUUUAUAACACAAUAUCAGACAAAAGCAAAACUUGAAUACAAUUUGCUUUGUUAUUUUUAAGAAUCGGAAUUGAGAAAUGUACUGCUUGUUAUUAACAGCGUUUUGACCAGUGACAACAAUAAUUUUUGGAAUUUCCUGUUGGGUCAAAUUAGUCACACUAUAUUUUGGGGAGCAGAGGGAUUGGGGAAGGUGUGUGUGAAAAUAACGCUUAUUGUUUCCUGCUUAGAAUGGUUCACUUGCUUAUUUUAUUCACAAUGGUGGAAUUUGAAAAGGUACUAUACAUCCCCAACUUAAAAAUAGUACUCAUUUUUCUUGUUACAAAACUCUUCCAAAACGGUACAAUGUUCAACUCUCACAUGAGAUGCUACGCAACGCAAUGGUAAGUGACAUGCCGGAUGGCUGAAGUGUGCAGCCACCCCCUCCCCCAGGAAAAUUGGCCGCCCAGUUAAAAUUGCCUUUUGGCGAUUCUUGUUGAAAAAUAGAUAAGUUUAAGUUAAACUUGAAAGAUGAUUGUUAUAAGUAUAAAUCAAACGUUUUUUCCCAAAUAAAAUAGCAGCUUUGUUUGUCUUUAUUCACAGGCUUGCAGAUCCCAGUGGUGGUGGUAACCUGUCAGGCUAUAUUUCUUCUGACUAUAUCUUUGAUAGUAUAAAGCACAACAGGCUUCAAGACUUGAAAAAGUAUCGGUUAGUCAUGUACCUUUAAUUUUGUUUGUGAUAAUUGCUGUUUGCAAUACAGCCACCCAGCAAACCUCUUUAUUUAGCCACCCUCUGUUUAAUGGCCAACUACCUGUGAGAAUUCUUAAAAAAUUGUCACAAAAUCACUGACUGUAAAUGGAAGCUUUAUUAAAUGGCAACCCUUUUAAAACUGCUGUGUUCAUUCACCUUCUCUCUUAAGGGAAGAUUUAAUUCUUUGUGGUAUCCUAGUUUCUUGUUGCUUUGUUUUGGUUGAGUUAAGCAGUUCAGUCUACUAAAUCUUGCUAUAUUAGCAGAGCUAAUAUAGAAAAUGGGAAAAUGAGAAGAGAAAGGUUUUAGACAAUGGUGGCCAGUGAAAAGUAAGGAUAAUUAGUGAAUGUCUUACUUCAAGGCUUUAAGCUUGUUCAUCUGUUUUAAACGCCAUAAGCCGGUUUAAAAAAAACACUGAAUUGAACAAAUGAGCACAAAGAAAACAAGGUUUUCAGAAACAUUUCAGUUACUCACUUGACAACCAGCCUUUAUAGAACAUUUAAUUUUCAUGGGCUAUUAGCUUCUCAAAGGGGUGUAGUGGGAGGGGGGGUAGUGGGUAUCAAUUCUUUUCCAAGACUAUUACUGUGAUCCAAUUUGAUUUAAUAAUUUUUCUCUUUUUGUUUUUGUUUUAAAAUCAGUUAAGUAAUGUAUAGAUUUCUGGAUUAGCAUAGGUUGAAGCUUGUUUGAUGUAAUUUCUUGGUUUUCAGUAGUUAAAAGCAUAUAAGUGGAUGCUUUGCUUUUAGCCUUGGCUAAAUCAAUGUAUUAUUCUUUCAUUUCAAAGGUUGAAGCCUUUAGGUAAAAGCAGUCCCAGUAAAGCUUCUGAAGGUCAGACAAAUCCCAGGCCAACAACUAGCAAAAUUCUGCAGUAAGUAUGAAUAUUAAUGACCUCAUUCAUGUCAUUAUAUAUAAUUAUUUAAAAGUUCUGUGAAAAGGUUUCAGGAUAAAUUAUUCAAAAAGCUAUAAAAAGUGGUAUUAUUUUGUUUUGUAAUUUAGAAAGACAUAGAGAAUUGGUGAUAUUUUGGAGGAAACAAUUUUCUAUUUUGUUUUUUUAUUAUCUUUAAACAUCGCCUGGACUGGACUGUAUUUGACGGACUCAAGCAAAACUAACUACCAGAGAAUGACUGGACAAGCGACAAUUUGACUAACAGUGAAUGACUGUUAAACUCUAACUAUAGAAAAAGUCCUGUCCGGUUGUCCGGGACAAGUAUAUUUUCUUGCUGGGCGAGCAGCUUUAAAAGUUACUUGUCCAAUGGGCAAGGGUCCAGGAAAGUCAUCCACUAACAACAUCAUUAACUAGAAUGAGCAAGAAGAUUGAGGUCCUGGGAAAGCAAAGUGUGAGAGCUGCUUGCCCACAGGAAGCUGAAAUUCAAGUUUUUUUUAGCCUUGUAGAUGGAUCAAAACACACCAAUGACAUUUCGAGUCUUCAUGGCCAAUAACAUCACAGCUUAACUGACCAACGACCAAUAACAUUGCAACUUAAAUGACCAAUCAGGUCAAUAACCAGAGUUUAAUACCAUCAAUUGACAUGAUACAACUCACUUUGACUCUGAAGAUGUUUACCCACAGGUUGUCAAAAUGUCAGUGACUGUUAACAACAGUCCUAUUCAGGACCAGUCAUUCACCUUGAUGAUCACUGAUGCUCAACCUACUGUGGUAGUUACUCCUGGAUUCAAACCUUUCGCAGUUCCAUAUUAUUUUGAUGAAAUCAUCCCAUCCAACAUUGUGAAAUUGUCAGGAUUAAAAAGUUUGGUUUUGUUCCCCUCUAUUUUCUCUCCAUUAUGAAUGAAGCUAAACUGAAUCAUGUGAUAAAUAAAGUUCACAAAGUUCAUUCAACUUUAAAUAAUUAUUUUAACUGAUCUGUUUUAGGUCCCGUAAAAAAGGAGGAAGGCAAGUGUAUACCAAAGAGGAAGAUUUGGCUCUUAUGCUGUUUGUGCGGCAAAAUAAAGAUUUUCAUGCUAUAAAAGGAAACAGUUUGUAUAAAAAAGCAGCUAAAGCUAAGGUAUGUAAUUUUCAUUGUAAUACCUUUAAAUAUUAUGGGUAUUUAAAAAAAUCAGAAAACUCAGAAGAUCUGAAAUAUUUCUGGAAUAUGUGUAGUCACCAAUCAAUAUUAUUGCUACUUUAUUUAUCUUUGAAAUUUACAGAGUAGCUGUAGAACAUUUGAAUAUAAUGUUAUAGUUCUAGGUUUUAGCUAGGAAUGCCUGUUAUAGUAGUUAAACAGUUAUUGCAGACAUGUUGGUGAUUGCUCCUCAUGCUGCAAGGGUUUAUGCAACACAGUAUUCAUGUUCUUUGUUAUUUGCUUGCUUUGAUGGGGAGAAAAAGUAUUUGUGUCCUGCAUCAGUCACGGUAUGACUGUAUAGGCUUUAUACCAAACUUCAACUGCGCAUACAUGUGGGUGUGUUUAUAACCUUUUUCUGUUUAGGUUACCAAUCACACAUGGCAGUCAAUGAGAGAUCAUUAUUUAAAAGUGUUGCUUCAUAAAGGAAGAAAACCAAGAGAUUUUGAAAAACAGAUACUCAAGGAAAACCAGAAGAAAUUGCAAAUAGUUGUGAAGGAAAAGUCAACAAACCAUUCUGUUGGUGAGUUUGGAGUAUACUGUUUUAUUUAGACAGCAAAACAGUCAUUUUUUUCUUAAAAUUGGUUUAGCAUAGCUUUUAAGAGUCUCACGCAUGGUUAAGCAUGUGAGCCUCACACACCUGUGAGAGAAAACAACCAUAGUGUCUAUCUUAACUUAGUGUCUCUGUCCAGUUGUGCUCUCCAUUUUCGGCCUUGCUCCAGACCUUUCUAUUCUAUUGUUGGUAACAAUAGCUGGGAAUGAGAGAAAACAAAUUGUUUUAAAAAAAUCUCAUCUAUUGUAACACUGUAUGUCUGCUGACAAUCAUUUCAACCUGUUACAAAAAUGCUUGAAAUACUGUUUGAAGUAAAAAAAACAAGUUUUUUUGUACAAUAAUGUCCUUACAUUUUGGAAAAAACUGAAUCAUUUGAUAAUGCAAUUCAGUUUUUUAUUGAUAAUGCAAUUCUAGUGUUUUGUUCAAAAUAAUACAACUGACUAUGGAAUGCCAUUCAUUUGUUAGAAUACUAGAAAAUGCAAUUUCAUUGGGAAAAACAUACAAAAACCAAAAAAGCCACAAGAUCUUGUUUGAUAGUUUAUCAAAAACACAUGAAAAUACAUGAAACUAAAAUACCUUGACCAGCUACGAAAGAAGACAAAUGUUGGUUCUUCAUGAUCGCGAAGUCACCUAGUCACUUGCCGAUAGAUAACUGCAGCCUGUUUAUCCGACUUUAAGAAUAUAAAUCAAAAUCAACCAUCUACAAAAAAAUUAAUACAGACUAUGCAGCCAUUCACGAGGCUCAGUAUAGCUUCUCUCGUUCAGCAAAACCAGCUGGUGGCUUCAAACAACUUCAUUUUCGACCGACCGAGGUAACAGUUUUUCUCCACUGUUCUUACUUUUGUAACUGCACCAAAAAUCCAAAUUCACAGUUAUUUCGACGGCUGCACUUUAAAAUGUUUUUCUUCACAUUAUCUGCAAGGUUUUUUUAGCUGUCCUGCUGUGUAAAAUCCUAGAAAUAUAUCCCGAUUAAUUUUUAAAAGUGUUCAUCGCUAUAAUGUUUUGAUUUUUCAUUCAUCCAGUUCACGCAUUGACAGUUUUGAUAGACAUGUGACAUGUGAAUAGUGGAAGUCCCUUGUCUUUUCCGGUUUGUUCUAACAAAAUUAAGGCGGGAAGAUUCAUCUAGAUUUUGUGGGCGAUUAUAGCCAACUCAGCGCUAUGUGCCUUGUUGGCUAUCUACCAUCUCAUAUAUCUAAUGCGCCCUCGUGGAAUAAUUGUUAAGUAGCUGAGUGGAUAUUUGGGACUGACAAGAUUUUAUUUUUGUUAUCAUUUUGUGUUGUUAUUUCUUAUUAUUUUUAUUGAAGACAGAAUAACAACUACAUUGCAACAUGCAAUUAAAAAAACAACAAAUCUUAUUUACAGGCAGAUUACACUAAGUUCACAUGAAGUUACACAAAAAAAGAAAGAUAGCAUAGUAAAGAAUAAAAGCCUGUCAGUUGCCACAUAUAUUAAUUUUAAAAUUGUUUGCCACAAUUUUCAAUGCCAUAUUAAAAAAGCUUCCAUAAAAAUUUGUCUAGGAUUAGGUUUCUUUGUGAUUUUUUUUGCAAGUAUGCAAGUCUUUUGCAAUGAUACCAAUAGACAAAGUCUUCAUUGAAUUGAAUUUGACAUUCACGAUGAAGGGGAGGCUUCGAACAUGUCAGUAAAAUUUGUUUGUUUGAGAGUUGUAGGUUUUUCUUAUGAUAAUCAUUAAAAAAACUUUAAAGUUUUGAACUGGAGGUACAUUAUGGCAGCAAUAAUUAAUUGGAAAUAAUGCAUAUACGUUGUAUCAAUGGAAUGUCAAGUGUAGGUUAAGUACUGGUAUUGGUCAGUAUGUCAACCCAGUUGGGGCCUAGUCAAUUUUUAAUCAUUAUUCCAUUGACAACGAUUUUUUUUGUUGGUACAACUGUCAUUCACCUGCAUUCCUUUCUUUGACUUAUUAUCAAUCUUCAUGAAAAUUUCUUUUUGGGAAUUCAUUUUUGCAGCAUGUACAUGUAAAGUUACAGCUGUAUGUAAUAACAGAAACAAUGUUAUCAGGGCUGUCAAAAAGUUUUAAAGUAGCAGGCUGAUAAUGGAUAGUACGUGGCUUUGGAACUCGCACCAAAGGUGCCAGUUCUUGAGGGCCAAGGCAUCGGGGGACAUUUUGAAUUUAGAGUCUUGGAAUUGCCAUUUCUAGUGGUUUUCAAAAUGUAUUUUCCACCACGGACACCUUGUUGUUUCGUCAAAAUACUCGCAAGACUGGGAAAAAUGCCAUCGAAAUAUCCCAGGCGUUCCACGACAUUGCAUGGUUCGAAUGUUUCACAGAUCUAAACCUGUUUAAAUAAUGUGUUUAAUGUCAUUCAAAACUGGGAAAUGGAUGCUUUACAAUUUUAUUCAAUGGUGCUUAUUUUUUGUUAGCAGUUAUGGUAGAAGGAGAUGAAGGUAGCCGGGUAAGGAUGGCCAACUAGCUGGCAGUUUUGGCCUUUUUGAUAGCCCUGCUGUUGUAGGCAUGAUGCUAUGGAUAGUAGUGAUGAUGAUGACAAUGAUAAUAAAUGCUGCACUUUGUCAUGGCUCUACAACUGUAGUAUGUUUAAUUCACAACAGUGUGGUUAUAGGAUUACUGUUAUAAUAAAAUUGUAAUAUUUUAUAGGUCAGACAAGCUUAAGGCCGUUUCCAAGGUCACAGACAACUGUCAGUCCUAAGAAGAAAACAAACACAGAACAGGAUGAGCUAAUAAGUGGUAAGAAAUAUGUGGCUUGGCUUUGAGCCAAUAUGAAUGCUUGAUCCUAAAUGCAUAUAAAUAUUAUCAUGGCUAAGUACAUUACUUUUCUGAUUGAUUGGUAACAGUAGCAUUCUAUCACUACCUUGUGUACAAAAAUAUAGUUCUUUUAUGUCGGCUUUUUGGCAAACAUGGCAGACUCUUCUUUUUACAGCAUAUCAGCAAUGCAGGCUACUUUUUUACCUACUUAACCGGGUUUUUCCAAAACUAAGUGCAAGCUCAUUAGCUAGAGCUGAAUAUUAUGUUCUUUGAGUAUGAAUUGAUUUUUUCUUGAAAAAUCCAGUAACUUCCUUGAUGUCCCUAUAAUUCUUCAAAUUAGUGCAUGUAUGCCAUAUAUUUCUUGUGUAGGUGACUGUGAGUUACUUUGCAGGGCUCAAAAUAAUGGCUUCAACGGAUAAUGUCUGACCAGAAUGGCGACUUGUCUGGCCAAAAACUUCACUCGCCGGUCGUGUUGACCUGUCACACAUACUCUCAUUCUUGAACAAACAGGCAAUUUCCUCACCUGCAGUGAUAUUGUUACCUCUGAGUCUUGUGUCCAUCACAGAAAAAUCCCAAAAGACGCAAAAUAAUUUGUGGCAUGCAUCCCAUAGGAUGUAAAGAAUGAUGGAUCGAUUUAAAGAUUUUGUCGUAGAAUAUCCUAUUCGUGUGAUUUAUGUGGCUGUUGUUUAAAGAUGCAUAUAUGUAGGACUAUAUUUUAAUUUCAGUAAACUAAUAAAGAGUUUUGGUGUCUGUCUCCAGAUUAACUGUCUGGGUACAUAAAGGCCCAAGCAUUUUCAAUUAAGGACUCCUUGUUUUUUUUUAACUUGGACUCAUUGAUUAUGUACAGGGACUCAUGAUUGUUCACAAGAUGAGUCACAGGACUCACUGUAACUAUUUGUAACAAAAAUCACUGCACCUAUAACUCUUAGAUUUUUGUUUAUUUGUAAAAAUACAAAUGGAAAAUUACACAAGGAUUGGCCGGUCCUCGUGUCUGGCCACCCUCUGAAAAUUAUUUUGAGCCCUACUUUGGUCUGUUUCAGUAAAAUAAUGGUACAUACUCUUUCAAGCAAACCUGCUUACUAUGGUUACAGUCACUCUUAGUUUCAAAUUCCUGAAUUGGUAAGGUUUGUUGCUGACUAAAGGGUUAUAAUGUACUGCUCUAUCGUUUUCCAUGUAAAUCUUUUGCUUUUUGCUUUUUGUACAUGGUGUUAUAGAUUAUUCCAGUGUUUCUGAUGCAGAGGAUGUGGAUUAUGAUAAGAUGUUUGAUGAUAAUCUCCUCCAACUAGCCAAUGAAUCUAAACUUCAAAAAGACCGCAAUGAGGUUGAAAGAUUUGAAAUAGAGGGACAGGAUGAGAAUGAAAACACCAAAGACCCUGCGAACCAAGAACCUAAGACAAGAGUUGUCACGAGAAGAAUGAAGAUGCAGAUGGAUGAACAGGGAACUGUAAGUGACUUUGAUGGAGAAGUUAGUUUCAGAGAAGAUUCAAAUAGACAUUCUACUGAUGAUGAAGAGAACAAGAGGCCAAUGGCUAAAAGAAGCAGAAAAGGUGGAAAUGAUGUUAAUGAGACUAGCAAUAACAUCCCCGUUCCUAGAAGGAGCAAAAGACAUGGAAAGGUGGCUAAUGAAGUUGUUGAUAAGAGCCCUUUGUUUAAAAUGAGCAAAAGACAUGGGUUAGAGGUUCAAGAUGGUCAGGAUAAGAGUCCUGUGCCAAAACAAAGCAAAAGAGAUGGGAAGGGGGGUUAUGCUGAAGGUGACAAGAGCCCCUCUGUGAAGGUAAGAAGAAAAGAGGAUUUAGCAUCUGUCUCUCAAGGAGAAGAGGCUUUAAAUGCAAAUGAUGGGAGCAGCCCCGAAGCUGAAAAAAACAAAGAAGAUUUGGUACGCUUAUUAAAUGGAGUUGAGGAUGAAGAAGUUAAAAGGAGAUUUUUGUGUUUCCAGGCUUUACAGACAAGCAUUCAGGUAUAAAAUAGUGAUACUUGUACCUAUGAAAGAUCUUGAGCUGGCUCUUGAUAUAUUUUCUAACAUUGAGAGGUAAUAAAUUCCUUUACCAAAACCAUUGAGAAUGGACUAAAGCAAAACAAAACAAAACACUAAUAAAUUGAGCCCUUUCAUAUGGUUAAAAGGCAGGGAUUUUUUAAUUGUUUCAGUUAAAUUUCUUUUAGACAGACCUGUACCUUUGGAACUGGCCCUAUUCUACCUUACACCAGGGAGUCAAUAAUUUGAGGAGUAAAGGGAAAAAAAGAAGGCCAAGAACUAACUCAAGCUGUGUUUUAGUGAGGGGUUGGUUUUUUUGGUCAGGUGUCCCUUACGUUUCCUGUAGAAAACAAUAGUGCUUUGAACAGUAUAAUCCCACUGGGUACACACAUGUUUUAUAAUAUUAGUAAAAUCCAACUAGUGGUCUAUUAUCAAUGCUGCAUUCUGAUUGGUUGAGCUACCACUAGGCUAUAUGUUAUAGUUCACUAGUAGUGAAAAGUGCCGGCUUUGAAAACCAAAACAAUGGCGGCUGAAUCACGUUUUGCGAGCUAAAGUUAUUUUGUCUUGAUAUUUUUGACCAACUGGUUGGAUUCUACUAAAACAAUAAUUGUUUUAGUAGAAUCCAACCAGAAUAAUUAUUAUUCCUCUUGCCCUCAUGGCUUUGGAGUCAAUAGCCCAUUCGGCCUUCGGCCUCAUGGGCUUUUGACUCAGAGCCGAUUUGGGCUCGAGGAAUAAUUGUUUAUUAGUUUUGUUUGUGUAAGGAUGCAAGAUUUUUGCCUUCCUUUCCUUUUAUUACCACCCACCCAGUUUACUGCUGCCACGUUUAUUUCUAAAUGUAACAAUGUAUUACAGGGAUAAUUUCAUUUAGCAGAAGGCGUAAGUAUGUGUUUUUGUUGUUAAUGGUGGUGGAGAUUGGUGGGUUGGUGUUGUAAGGGGGAAACUUGUCAAUCAGCAGUAGCCUAUCACCUGGUACAAAGAUUGUUAAGAAACAAAAACGUUGAUUUCAUAGAGUUUCUAUUAUUUUUUCACUGGAAUUACAGAAACUAGAAUCUCAGUGGACAGUACCACAGAUAAUCCAUAGUCUGUUGAUCAACUCUGGCAUGUUAGACGAUGCAGAAAACUACUUGCAGCAUGGCACAGGUUUGAUAUUGCAAUAAAAUAAUGUUACUGUAUUGUUUUGAUUCAGCAACCUCCUUCCAAACAAAGGCAUGUUUAACUAUACUUGUCACAAGUUGAACUUACGAGUUUCGUAGCAGAAAAGUUGUUAAGUGAGCAGAGAGAGCUUUUUAGGAUGCAAAGCAGCCAAGUGAACAACCGAGUGGCAAUAAUAAUAACAUUGAAAUGAGAUGAAGGACUUUUUCCAAAGUCUGAUAUCUAUUGUGCUUGAGCUGUUUUGAGUACUUCAGUGUAACUGUACCAGGAAUCUAAUCCAGAUAAUCUCAGAAGUUAACUUUAAUCCAGAUUUCCCAACUGAAUGCACCCAUUAAGAUCUUAAUUUUGGUUAAUUUUAGGCUUCAAUAAUAGCACUACUACUACUACUAAUAAUAAUAACUGGGGUAGGACAGGUUAAAGGCUCAGCCUACUACCGGAAUGUGAAUGCUCCCACCUACCAGAGUCUGCAGUGAUACCCUUGGCAAGCACAGUAAAAACCCGCAUAUAAUAACCUGGUGAUUUAAGAACCUACAGGCUAAAAUUUGGGAUUUAAAUAACUCAAAAUAUAAGAACCUGUUCAGCCUGGCAAAUAAAAAUGUUCUUGUACAAAAAUAUCACUCCAAUUUUGAAGGUCAAAAUUCUGGAUUUUAAUUGUGUGAGAAACUUCUGACGAAAAGUUAUUGCGUACAUGUUUUCUUUGAUAUACAGCUGGUAAAGAUGUUUGGAGCUCCGAAGAAGACAAGAUUCUGCUGAGUAAAGACAAGGAAGCCAUUUCAAAUCUAGCAAAGAAAAGGGGCCUGCAGUCAGUCUUAAAUAGGAUUAACUUCAUUGAAGGAAUUAACUAGUCAUUAUUUGUAACUUUAUGAAGUGUGUGACUGAUGUGGGCACAUUUUAUUUUAAUUUACAUGCCCAUUUUUUCUGGGGUUCAAAUACAAGUGCUCCUUUUUUGAGGAUAAGCACACAAGUAAGGUCUUUUUAUUCACAGCUCGUAAAGCAGAGAAAGCAUUUACCCAGUUAAUCACCUGAUACUGGAAGGUGCUAAGAAAGCUGAGGUUAGUUAAGGUAGAGAUUAUUCAUACAUCUUUCACUUAAAGGUAUUGAAAUUUUAGUGUACUGUACUAAAGGUUAAGGUCAAUUCGUUGUGUUGUAUAAGCAUGAAGGAAAUUGAUAAAGAGAGAAAAGUACUUAAGAGAGGCACAUACAUAAGACAGUAAAACUAUCUCAAAUUCAAGCAGGGAUAACAAAUGCAUGUCAAGGAAAAAGUUUACCAUUUCCCGUGGUUACAUGCAUUUGAUGGCAGUGUAAGCUGUGUGGUUCAUUAAUUUUGAUAAAACACCUGCAAUGUCAUGUAAGUUAUGCAAGUAUUAAUAGGGAGCUCAAGCAAAGACGUUUUUAAGCAACCCACGUCAAUUGACUUUUUUGCCUUCUUGGGCAUGGUUUUGGCCACGUUUUUGGACAAAUUGUCUCUUACAAGAGUACCGGCCUUCAACUUCCAGCUGAUGUGCGUUGCUCAAAAACUACUUUACUUAAGCCUGUUAAUAUGGUGUAAUGAACUCUGAUGCAGGGCAAUAGUCUUGUUUAAUAAUGACAAUAAGAAGCAUAGGAAUUAUUAGCUUUGGUUGGCAAUUUUUUGUGGAAAUACAGGGGUUUCAACAAUUAUUGCAUGUCUGAAUAGGGUAACCAACUGUAUCCAAAAAAAUCUUUUAGUCCCCUUCUUCUUAGGAGAGUCUAGGGGCAUGCUCCACCAGAAAAUUUUGAAAUUCUUGGAGACCCUUAAAUGCAUUCUGGGCAAUUAAUUGAGUGAAAAAAAAGAUUUUGGAAGUUUUCCUUAUCAACGGCAGUGAUUUUUGUUGCAGUCAAACCCGUACCAUAACAGCACUGUAUAUUACGGUCACCAGACAACUUCCCAACGUUUCAGUUGCCUUAUAUUUUCUGCAAAGUUGACCUGUAUAUACCGGUCACCUUGCCAUUUCCCAAGGGUGACCGUUGUACACAGGUUUUAAUGCUGAACAGCAAUGAUUUAAAAUAACCACAGUUUUUAAUUAUGCUCUGCCUGAUACCGGUACAUUGCCUGGAAAACAAUGAAUAUGAACAGAAUCACUGUGAGUGUGAGAAAUAGGACUGCAUGCAAGUACUUACAUAUUGUUAAAAAAUAAAGGGUUUCUCUUUUAGUUUAAUGACUGCUUUAAUUUAAGUUUUGUCAGAAUCAGUUCUUCAGUCACAGCUUCAAUCAUGGGAGAAAAAGUAGCCACUUCUCCUAGCAAAGUAGCUGGUGCUUAUUGAAACCCCUGUAUAUACAUUUUUGAGUGUUGAUAUUGUAAACAUUAAGUUUUAUUGACCAAAGAGACCUGAUCAUGUUUUUUAACGAAC